AUGCCGCGUUUGACAAGUCGUCAAAAACAAUCAAGAAGAGCCUACAAAAUAAAUAAUAUAAAAGUUAAUAAUGAUGAUGUAUCUGCCCAUGAUGGUUCUGUCUAUAAUGAUUCUGAAGGAUAUGAAUAUGAUCUGAAAGAUUACUUUGAAGUUGACAAUGGUUCUUCCCAUUAUAACUCUAUUGAUGAUGAACCAGUAGAAAAUGAUAAUGCUGCAAGUAUUAUAGAAAAACUUCGUGAAGCAACAAGAAAAAGAAAGAAUCAACAGCAGCGUGAAGCAGUAAAAGGGACUCUUACUUUACACACCUUUUGGGAUACCAAAAAACCUUCUGAAGAAAUUGAUGAGAAGCUGACUGAAGAGAAUGUAAAAGAAUCAGAUGAUGAAAUUGAAGAUUGUGAUUGGCAUAAUAAAAUUCAGAUUGCUCUCAAAAAUCUAAUAUUAGAUCUCAAAAAAGAAAAGGUUAAUAGUGAGAUUUGGAUACAUAUAAAUAGUAUUCAACUUUACCUUCAACUUAUAAAAUCUAAUUAUUUAAAAAUAGACACAAGUGAGAUUGUUGCUAAUGCAGCAAGAAAAGGGGCAAAUGAUUAUAUAAUGACCCAUAAAAUUCUUUACUCUUGUCGAGGAUAUCAUACUAAAGUAUGGAGUUUUUUUUGGGAUGAAGACAUUAUUCUUCAAGUAAAAGCUUAUAUUCAGGAAUAUAAGUGGGAUGUUACUCCACAAAUACUAAUGGCAUAG